CUGCUGGGGCGGGGAUCCCACGGCGGAGCUGUGCCGCAAGGACCCCGCCAAGUCCGUGCUGGGGUUGAGGAUCACGCCGGCUCUGCUGCUACUUGGCAUCCACCGGGCCAGGAACUCUAACUGAAGUCUGUGUAUGUUAAAAACGGGCGUGAAAGAUGGACCAAAUAAAGGCAGGAGCUUCUACGUCUGCGUGGACAAGCAAGGCUGUGAUUUCAGUCAGCUGGCCAGCAUCUCACCAUCCCACUGCCUCCAUCAUGAAGAUUCGAUGGUGGAACUCCAAGCUCUCACAUACAGUCAGCAACAGCAGAGCCACAGGUUAUUCUACCGGUGUAUUAUAGGUAAAAAAGCCGGCCAGAGGUGGUGUGGAAACGUGCCUUGGACUGCACCAGACAAAGAAAGGAGAAACCCUCUGUCUGACACACAGCUACAGCCGUCCUGCCUGCCGCCCGUCCGAAACCCCUUUAAGGCCCCUGCCAAGCCAGACAAGGACUCUGAGUGGAGAAGGAUGCAGUGUGGUGGAGGUAAUGAGAAGGUGAGAGAGGAGAAAGACAGUGAGGCAAGUCAUAAGGCUGAAGGAAGAAAAAGUUCUAAGAAAGAAAAUGUGGAGAGUGUAGGGGCGGGAGUGGAAGAGGAGGAGGAGGAAAAGAAACUGAAUUCAUCGGAUACAUACCGAGGUAAACAACUUCCACAAGGGAUGAAGUUAAAGAAAAGAGUUACAGAUGAGGAGAGAAACAGUCCCAAAGCCAACAGUGUGGAAGAAAUUAAAGAUAAGCUGCAAGACAAGACUGAAGAGAACCACACUGAGCAGGGCAAAACAGAAAAAGCUGAUUCUACCUCCAGCGGCAAUGCUGUUAAUUCUGAGAAAAUGGAUAAAACCUCACAGGAUCCUCACAAGGACUCGCCCCAGCAGCCAACUACUGGGGAAACUUGUCUGGUGAAACAAGCCGACCCUAAUGUAAAAGAGAGUGCCUCUAAAUCUGAGCCCGGCAGCAGCGCCCAGGCUCCCAGGGACUCAGUUACCACCAGGACCCCCACAUCUAACAAAACAACAGAGUCAGAGUCCAGUCAAACCAAAAACCACCAAGAUGACGACAGUGACGACGUAGUGUUGGUGUCAGUGAAACCUGCCACUCAGAAAACUCCUCCUGUUUCUGCUGUACAAAAAACCCUGACCACCUUCCCAGGAUUCCAGCCAGCUUCUAAGCUCAAAGGUCAACAGCGAGAUCCCGAAGGCCUGCACAGUCUGCUCACUGCUCAGCUUCAACAGAAAAAGGCCACGCUGUCUGUGGUGAAUGUGGCAGCUCUGCCAGAUAAAGGGGAGAGGCUGAGGACUCAGGUCAAGGAGCUGGAGGAAGCGCUGGAGUCUCUGAGCCUCACUGCUGCUUCUCAGCCAGGGUCCCAGGCUGGAUGUAGCAGCAGUGAUGCUAAUCCAGGUAGCAGUCAGGUCAACCCAUUCAGCCGACAGGGCGGCACCAUCCUGCUCCCUGCCCCUCCAGGCCCCCCUUGGCCCCAGGCCUCCGGCAGCUCCCUGGGGCUCGAGCUGAGCCAUGGGUACACCCAGAUGUAUGGAGCAAACCCACAGAAUCAGGCCUAUUACGGUGGCAGGAUGACCGAGGAUCGUCUGUUGGUGGUGAAAAACGCCACCUGCGAGGCCAUCGACCAUCUCCACAAAUCUCUGGAGUCCUGCCCCGAUGCCGAGGCCGAAGCCCCAGACCCCAAGGGCAUCAAGGUGUCGCUCCUGGCCCAUCAGAGGAGAGCUUUGGCCUGGCUGCUCUGGAGGGAAGCCCAGAAUCCCUGUGGAGGAAUUCUGGCGGAUGACAUGGGUCUGGGAAAAACCCUGACCAUGAUUUCUCUCAUACUGGCCAAGAAGAUCAAGGCAAAAGAGGAAGAUGAAAAGAAGGAAGAGAAGAAACUGGAGAAAUGGAUCUCCAAGACUGACUCCAGCCUUGUGGUUUCUAAAGGCACUCUGAUCAUCUGCCCUGCCUCCCUGGUUCACCACUGGAAGAAGGAGAUUGAGAGACAUGUCAAGGCAGGCAAGCUGACUGUGUACCUGUACCACGGCCCCAACCGAGAGAAAAGGGCCAAAGUGCUGGCAGAUUAUGAUGUGGUGGUGACCACUUACAGUUUGGUUUCUAAGGAGAUUCCAGUCCAGAAGGAGGAGGCCGACAAACCCGCCGCGGAUUCUGAUGAUGUGCCACUGCACUCGGCUCCUCUUUUGCGAGUGGCCUGGGCCCGCGUGGUUCUUGAUGAAGCCCACAACAUCAAAAACCCAAAAGUGCAGACCUCCAUGGCCGUCUGUCAGCUGAGGGCUCGCGCUCGCUGGGCGGUCACUGGUACGCCCAUCCAGAAUAACCUGCUGGACAUGUACUCACUGCUCAAGUUUCUGCGUUGUUCUCCAUUUGAUGAGUACAAACUCUGGAAAGCUCAGGUGGACAACGGCUCUAAGAGAGGCAGGGAGAGGCUGAACAUCCUGACGAGGAGUCUGCUGCUCCGACGAACCAAAAACCAAAUGGACUCCACAGGAAAACCACUGGUGUCUCUUCCUGAUCGGACCUGCGAGGUGCAUCGACUCAAACUGUCUGAGGAUGAGCAGGCUGUGUAUGAUGUGGUCUUUGCCCAAUCCAGAUCCACUCUGCAGAACUACCUGAAGAGACAUGAGGGAAAUGAUGUGAACAAGGGGAACACCUCCAGUUCCAAUCCCUUUGACAAAGUGGCCCAAGAGUUUGGUAUGUCGCAGUCUGACCCUGCUGUGUCUAGUUCCCAGCAGGCGUCCAGCACCGUCCACAUCCUGUCCCUGUUGCUGCGCCUCCGACAGUGCUGCUGCCACCUGUCCCUCCUUAAGAAGACUCUCGACACGUCGGAGCUGCAGGGUGAUGGGAUCGUCUUGUCUCUGGAGGAGCAGCUCAGCGCUCUGUCACUGUCCUCCAGCCCCUCGCCAUCGGGCCCCGACCCUAAAGACACUGUGGCCCUUAAUGGCACCCGCUUCCCCUCACAGCUGUUUGAGGACACCAGUGAGAGCACCAAGAUUGCUGCUAUUGUCUCUGAGCUGAAGGCAAUCAGACAGAAGGAUGACGAUCAGAAAAGCGUGAUCGUGUCCCAGUGGACCAGCAUGCUGCACAUUGUAGCGGUUCAUCUGCGGCGGAUGGGCUUGAGAUACAGCGUCAUCGACGGGACUGUCAACCCCAAGCGUCGCAUGGACCUGGUGGAAGAAUUCAACACUAACCCUAAGGGAUCACAGGUGAUGCUGGUUUCUCUUUGUGCUGGAGGGGUUGGACUCAACCUCAUUGGUGGGAAUCACCUCUUCCUCAUUGACAUGCACUGGAAUCCAGCCUUGGAGGAUCAGGCCUGUGACCGAAUCUACAGAGUUGGACAAAGGAAAGAUGUCACCAUCCAUAGGUUUGUGUGUGAAGAAACAGUGGAGGAGAAGAUCUCCACACUGCAGGGAAAGAAGAAGGAGCUGGCCCAGAACGUGCUGUCAGGAACAGGAAGCACCCUCACCAAACUCUCCCUGGCUGAUCUCAAAAUCAUUUUUGGCGUCUGAGAAGGGAGAGAACUGAGGAAGCUGUGCCACACUGUCAAACCUUCAGCUACAACACCAGACAGCUGUUCAUACAUAUAUUCAGAAAACAGGGUAUACAUUUAGAAAAAAUAUUAAAAUAACUCAUAAAUAACUAAUAAGAUUGAGAUAAUAACUUACCUAAAUCUAAGACACUAGAGAGCUUAUUUUCCGCCAUGUAAUGGCAGGUUUCUUCAUGCUGCCUGACCUCUCUUAGCUCAAGCCAGAGCAGUGUUUUCAUCUCAGUCCUAACUGCCUUACAAAAUGUUAUUGGGAUUAAUGUGCCCUAACAUUUUAUUUCGAGUUUUUCUUUUCCUUUAUCUUCUUCUGUAAAUCCGGGGCCGGUUUUAGCUCUAUUCAGUCAGAUACAUGCUGCUCUUAACUGAUUUAUCUUAAGUGUUUCAGUCGGUCUUAAAUUGGCUCUGAAACUUGUACAUACUCUGUAACUUCUUAGAUUCUGCUUCUGCCGUGAUCUGUUGCUCCAAUGCAAAAGUGGUUACUUGAUGACUGUCAGUUUCUCUUAUUUUAUUCAUUUGUAAGAGCGACAUGAAGCUGUUUACAACAGAGGAAAUCCUGGGUAUCUUAAUAACAUUUUUUGUUGUUUAGCAGGUGAGAAGCAGUUUCCCCCAACAGCCACUGCAGCGCUGUUGUGGAGUUGCACUAAACAGUAGAUCUGAGCUUACUAUACUAUGUUAAGAUUAAUAACCAAAGUGAAGUUUCAUCACGACAGUGGCUACAGCUGCAAAUACUGUUACAUACAGCUAGAAAUCAAAUUCCCCAACUUGAAACAUGCACACUAAAAUCAUCAGGCAACUUCUAUACACAAGUACAUGUGUAUAUAUUGCCUGUGUCUGACUGCAAAUGCCAUAGACACACAGGUUAGGAACUCGUACACCUGUUCUUUUGGUCAAGAAUGAAGAUUUAUGGCGCUUUUCCCUUUGUGUAUGUCGUAUGCAGCACUAAUUGUGGCCAAUAACUUAGUAAUAUUUUUAGAUGAAUGCAUGUAUAUGUCUUCUUAUUUUAUUAUGUCAAAUCACGGGCGCACCGAAAAGAGGAUUGUCCUUUCUCAAAGUUAUUUUAAUUUCGGUCAGCUUACCAAAAGGAAGGAAGCACAUUUUUGUUUCUAUUUGUGUCACCUGAUGGAGUUUAUUUCCUUUAAGGAUGUUUUCAGAUGCCUUUUUUUUUUUUGGCAUUGUUUAUUGUUGUAUGUGCGUUUGAUAUGAUGUUUA